CAGAAGCCCCCGCGAACCCUGCAGACGCCUCACUGUCCUGUCCGUCCCUGAGUGCGUGUGUCGGCGCGGCACCUUUUGCUCGCUGCUUCCCUGGCUCCACACAGCUGGGCUAGGGUUUAGCCCGGGACCGUAAGGAAGUCUGGGCAGCGGAGGGAGGGCCUCAGAGUAGGAACUGGGCCUCUCAGACUGGCCCUUCCCUUCCCACUAGUGGGACCACCCCGUCCCCACCCUGGCCUCACUCUGCCCAGACAGCUCUACUCCACUUUGAACAGGCAGUUGGUUCAGGCACUCCAGUAUUUCUCCAGUCUGGGCGGGCCUUGUGCUGUAGAGGGAGCAGCUGUUUGUCUCUGCAGACGUCCUCAUUGGUCUAGACCGAGGGUGGAGAGUGCUCCUGAGGGAGGGAGACUGGGCGCCUGCCCUGCCUGGCCUCCACUUUCCUUUCCCAGCUCUCUGCUGCUCUCACAUCAUGCUUGGAGAUCACUGCAGUCUCCCCACAGACCGAGCUCUACUCAGUCAGCCCCCCAAAACUGGGUUCCGCUGCAAAAUGGUGCUUCAGGCUGUCAGCAGAGUGCUCAGGAAGUCUAAAGCAAAGCCAAAUGGCAAGAAGCCUGCUGCAGAGGAGAAGAAGAUGUACCUGGAACCGGAGCAUACCAAGUCCAGGAUCACCGACUUCGAGUUCAAGGAGCUGGUGGUGCUGCCCCGGGAGAUCGACCUCAAUGAGUGGCUGGCCAGCAACACGACAACGUUUUUCCACCACAUCAACCUGCAGUAUAGCACAAUCUCAGAAUUUUGCACAGGAGAGACGUGUCAGACGAUGGCUGUGCGUAACACACAGUACUACUGGUAUGACGAGCGGGGCAAGAAGGUCAAGUGCACGGCUCCCCAGUACGUGGACUUCGUCAUGAGCUCUGUACAGAAGUUGGUGACUGACGAGGACGUGUUUCCCACAAAAUACGGCAGAGAAUUCCCCAGCUCCUUCGAGUCGCUGGUGAAGAAGAUCUGCAAGUACCUGUUCCACGUGCUGGGCCACAUCUACUGGGCCCACUUCAAGGAGACGCUGGCCCUGGACCUGCACGGACACUUGAACACUCUGUACGUCCACUUCAUCCUCUUCGCCCGGGAGUUCAGCCUGCUCGACCCCAAAGAGACCGCCAUCAUGGACGACCUCACCGAGGUGCUGUGCAGCGUCUCCGGAGGGGGCGGUGCCAGGGCCGGCGAGGGCAGCGGGGCCCCCGGGGCACAGAACCACGUCAAGGAGAGAUGAGGCCCCGGGGCCGGACAGGUGCACGUGUGCGAAGAGACAGCCGCGUCUGCGUGUGCGCACGCGCACGCCGGGCAUGCCGGGGGCGAGGCCGCGGGCCCGAGCGGCGCUGAGCGCGGCCCGCGGACGCACGGCGGCCGUGGCGCUUCCUGCCUUCCCUGUUGGAUGGAUGAGUGCGGUGUGUAGCGGAGAGCCUUGGGAGUCAUUCAUUCAUUCAACGCCCAUGUAUCGGACCGAGUUUCCUCCUGUGGGGUUUUCCUGUCGGGUCUUCCGUGUGGCCCUCCUUCCCGGCCCCUCCCUCGGGUGCUCUGCCGCUUUGAAAGAAACACGGGGUGUGGGGGGGCUGUAGAUCCAGGUUCCACUCUGCUUUGGGGCGGGGGCCCCUCACCGAGGCCCCUCUUCCAGCCCUGCCUCCACUUUGCCUUCAUUCUCGCCGUCGGUGGCCCCGAGUCUGGGGUGGGGAGGCCUGGGAUCGCCCUAGAAGGCCCACACCUGUUGUUCACGCCCGCCACCCCUCCCUGCGGCCGCUGCGGGGCCCGGGGAGGGCCCGCCGUGCGAGGGGCCGGGGCGGGGCCCGGCCCGCGCCCCGUGUGGAGGUGCAGCUGUCAGCAGAAGGCCGAGCUCUGCUUUAGUUCAUCUGUUCAGUCGUAAUAAAAAGAAUUCUCUCAGGUCAGA